AUGUUUGCACUCUCUGCUGCCUUCAAUCAACCUUUCCUAGCUACUAAAUUCAGUAGCCAUGUUAUAACUAUCUACAUUUUAGACGAUAAUUCUCGUCAGGAGGACCAGCAGCAAUCUGAGCCAACCUCGCCAUCCCCACCCUCAUUCUACGACCGCCGAGAAGACUGGGCCAACGUACCGAGAGCCUUGGGGCUUUGUUCGCCUCGGAAGUCGCCACUCUGCAGUCCAUUCGCGCCCGCCGAACCAGUAAGUUCCACAGUGCCACCAUCAAGGAAUGAACAGCCAGUAAGCCUAGCUCAAAAACUUUGCCUCUGCGAACAUCUUCCUCUACCCCCGCAUACAUCUGAGACGGGCGUUGCACAGGAGGACGAGGAGGAGGAGGUUGUGAUCACGCCGACAGAACUGUCCGACACCCUAACAAUGCCAGCUUGUGGCGUUCCUUUGGGAGACGAAUUCCGUUGCAAACUGGAGGAACUCAUCAGACAGGAGAUGGUGAAACUGAAGCGAACCAAGCAGGCCUACGUGAAUGACAUCGAAUUCAAACUUUGUUUGCCCCAGCUGGUCUUCCUGCUGAUACCUCUUUCGGUAGGCGCCGAGUCCGUAUUUUUCUCUGAAGCGGAGAUCCUGCCAAUCAUAAUCGCGGUCAUAAUCGUAGCUCAGGGCCUGGACUGCCAGGUAUAUCAGUACAACAGAUGCCAGCAGCAUCAUUUUAUGAAGAUAACAUUGCAUAUAAGGUUCACGCGAACAAAGCUUAUGUACCAAAAACUGGUUCCGAUCGAUAAUUUGGCGGUCUAA